AUGUUCGGAAAAGAAAAAUUGACUUAUAAAUCACUUGGAAUAUUUUUGCUACUGUUGGUGGAUUGUUGCUCUGCUAGCUCAUUCAACGAUUUUCCCCUCAAUGGAACCUCCAUUAUCUCCAAGUUGGAACGUCAGCCAAAAUUAAAUAUUGUCUCCUUUGAACCGUUGGGUGAACAUUUAGCAUUGGGUUUGGAUUUCCUGCUGCCCUUUAUAAAAAUUCCCAUUACCCGUGAGGAUAAUGUUUAUGGCACUGAACCGGCCCUUAUCAACAUUAAUUCAGCGGCAUUGAUUACUACUGGCAUCCUGGCUGGUUCUGGGGCGCUUAUCUCAUAUCUUUUUAGAAAAUAUGUGCUAAUUGAUCCAAUGUUUAAAUCGGAAAAAUCCGAAAGAUCGGAUAAUGACAAUUUUGAAAGUGAGCUAUGGUCAAUGCUGGAAAAUGUUAAAGUGAUUUAUAGAAAUUCUUCGGGAGAAAAAGUUGAUACCUCCCUCACAGGGCUAUUAACCACAAUCGACGAAUCAUUCUCUGAGAAGGGUAUUAAUCUAAAUGAUUGUCUUCAAAUGGUCUUGUGUCACCGUCUACAAAAGUCUAACAACAACUACGAGGAACAUGGCGAAAAUUACCCUUCAUCAGGAGUAGAUAAAAUUAUUGAUGGCUUGACUAGCAUGAAAUGGAUACGUCAAAAUAUACUACCAUAUACUCCAUUGAAUGAUAUCAUCGGUGAUCAGGAUGGGAAAUUAGAAUGCAAUAUGAAAUUUCCCAAAUGUAAAUGGUCAAUGACUGGAGAAAAUUUAUGCGGUUUAUUUGAAAAUUAUAUAAAAUUUACUUAA